AAAAUUGGAUGUAUUUUCAGAUAAAGUCGAUUAUGUUUGUAUUAAUGAAGGUUCUUGGCUUCAAGCAGACUCCCCCUGCGUAGUUAAGAAGUUAAAAGGAUUGUGUUAUUUUUCAAUCGAAGUAGAGUGUUCGAUGGGAAAUAUGGAAUGCACUAAAUGCAGUGGAAUGAUUCGAGACGCCAUGAAGGAUUUACUUUACCUACUUGGAACAUUGACUGACGAAGAAGGAAAUUUAAAAAUGUCAGAACUCGAUUUACAAGCAGAGGUAUUAUCUGAAGAAGAAAUUAGCGCUUAUUUAAGUUCAGAUUUGGAUCUGAAUAACCUUAUGAAAGGUAUGGGUGCAAAUGACCUACUAUUUAAUGGCAAUAAAUCAGACAUAUUCAAACACCGAUUUCUUUUUCCCUCUUUGAUCGUACAUGAUGUGAACAGUUCCUUGGACAACAUAAACGAAUGGAAUAUACCUGCUCGGGCUACAGCAAAAUUAUCAAUCCGGACAUUUCAUAAAAGUGUUAAUGAAACUUUCAAUAAUGUGAAGAAUUUCCUGGAGAAAUGUUGGUCAGAGAGGGGAUGCAACAAUAAACUAACAAUUUCUCUUGAUAAAAUACAUGAGACUUGGAAUGCAGAUGUUGAUAACGUCCACUACGUUGUUGCAGCAAAAUCGAUACAGUAUGUUUACCAGAAACCAACACUCUUUCUGAACAAUGAUUACACCAUACCUAUUGUCGAUAUGUUGCAGACUAUUGUUGGAAAAAGUAUCUUGCUUUUACCGAUAUUAUCUGAGGAAUGUUACAUAAAUGAAAUGGUACCAAAAAGUAAUUAUUUAAAUGCUUCGAAAAUGUUUGCCAGUUAUCUAUACGAGAUGGGAGGGAUUCCAAACAUCACGUCUAAAUCUUCUACCUCGUUUACUUCGUGUCAAUCAGUGCCAGAAAUUUGUGUUUGUGGAAAGUUAGAGGAAGGAAUUCAGGCCGCCUCUGGAGAUUCAGAAGGCAGUCGACCUGAUGCACAAAAAAACAAAAAUAUUUCAGACGAGGAAAAUAAUUGUGUAUGUCCUUACAGACCUCAGGUACAAACUAAAGAUGUGGCAGUUUUAUCGGAUGAUUUACCAGAAAAAAUUCUUCCACCUCCAAUACCUAAGCCCUGCAAGUGUACUUCAAAAUUUUAUGGAGCUGCCGAUGUGGAAAAAAUUUCUUUGCUUUCCACUGUUUCUACUGCAAGUCGAACUCCUAAUCCAGUAACAAAGAAAAAAGAGGCAGUGAAGAAGAUUGUUACUCCAUCUGUGGACACAAUUAAAUGCUCUUGUGUUCCUAAUCGUUUUAGGGAUCUGGUAAGAAAAGAAGAGAAUAUCAUUUCACCGGAAGAGGAGGAAGUACUUAUGAAAAGCAUGAGAUCUACAACAGAAUCUGAAAAAAGUGGAUUUUCAUCUUGUAAAUACCCUAGUGAUAGAUUCAAAACUCCCAAGAUGAAGAUUUUAGGAUGUGUGUGCCCAGAAAAAUCUCAAGAGAGUGUUUAUGAUAUAGAGAUACAAAAAGAUCGAAUGUUUUGUCCUGUAAUAACAGGUCCAAUUGAAAUUUGUAACAAAGGCGGUAAACGCAGACAUCACAUCACUGGUCCUGCACCUACAGAUGAAGAAGAGACAGAAAUUAUUUCAUUAGGACCUUUAUCACAUUGUUCUUGUUCAGAGGAUUCAGUUGUUGUGGUACCACUUUGCGAUUGUCCUAUUAAUUCUCCUGUACAUACAGAAAAUAUAGAUGAAGUCGACUAGUUGUCAUCUCUAUACAUUGAAUAAAUUAAAUGACCAACUCAAUAAAAAGUCUGACUAA